AAAUACAAUAUUUUUUUGGCCGAAUCUGUUGUAUCAUUCUGUCAUUGUCAAUGUGUCAAUUGAAUGUCAGUGAUGAAUGAUGUUUUAAUUGCAAGGAUGAGAUGUCUGUUAGGAGUGGAAAGCGGUAGAAUUCAAAAGAAGAAUGAUAUCCAGGAGAUUAACUGGAAGAAGAUCCACUCGAGAUAUUCGCGACAGUGCGGAGUCAAGUGCGACUGGGUCAUCUUUGGCGUUGAUAGGAAGUAGAUCUGGUUCCGUGUUAUCCACAUCACCGGAACCAGAUGCUCGUGGUACCCCCGAAAGAUCACUCAGUCGGCGAUCAGAACAUUUAUCAGCACGAUCAUCAUUUUACCUGUGUAGACCUGUGGGUACUCCAGGUACCCCGGGUGGUGAUGGGUCUCUACAGCCUGUAAACACUCCACACUACGAGUCAGGUGGAAUUAGCAAGUAUACCAUUACUAUUGUUGCAUUAUCUAUUGCAGUCGUUUUCAUAGCCGUGACACGCAAGUAUGGGUUUCUUGGUGGUGAGACACUAGAUUUUUAUAAUAUGAGCUACGUUAAAGAUCAGGUUGAAGGUGUGAAACUUUCAGUUGCGCAGUUGCACACCGCGAAGAAAGAUAUUGAAGAUGUCUAUACCAAAAUGACUGAUAUGUUGGGCAGUAUUAAACAACUGAAUGAAGGUAAGACUGUCAUUGAAGGUGAAAGAGAGAGUGAAGGUGAACCCAGUUCCAAAACAUUUUCUGUAUCCGAAGAAUAUACAACCGCGAUUGCAACAAUAACAGAACCCGAGACACCUGAAAAAGAAGUUGAAGGUAUUCCCAAUUGUGGAGACGAAAGUCCACCUGAAAAUGAGCAAAUAAUUGAAAGUGAACAUGAACAUGAAUCUAACACCGACAUAGACGAAUUGGAAGAGUUGGUAGACUACGCGCUGGAAUCAGCAGGAGCCGAGAUAGUAACCACCUUGAAAACACAGAAUUAUCGUGACACAAACGAGGUGACCUUCCUAGGCAUGACCCUCUGUUCAAAAGAAAAGGGUCCUGAGAUGAUUCUUCAGCGUACAUUACUACCUGGCAAUUGCUGGGCGUUCAAAGGACAAGUUGGUGGUGUGGUCAUUCAACUCUCCGUACCUAUCCAAGUCACCGGGAUUACCAUCGACCACAUCUCCAGGGACUUUACGUCGUACGAAUUGAAAUCAACACCGAAGGAGUUCAGUCUUUUUGGCAUAAACGAAGACAUGCAAAGGACAAGACCCAAAUUAUACUACGGGCGCUUCAUUUAUGACAUCACCCUGGAUUCAAGUCAAUACUUUUUAAUACAGAAAGUAACUUAUCCUGUGGAGAUGGUCGAGCUGCGCAUCCAUUCAAACUACGGCAACACCGAAUACACCUGUCUGUACCGCGUGAGAAUUCAUGGUAUACCCGACGCUACAAUCGAUUACGACCCUGAAGAACCCAAUGAUCUUUGAUACAAUGUAUCUGUCUAAUUUUUAUUCCAUAGUUUACUUACUUAUAAUAAUCCCAUAGUCUGUGAGUUUUUAUUAACAACAUUGAUACAUUAGUAACAAAUACAAGUAGGUUUAUAGAUACUAGUCAAUUACAAAAAUAAGUAAGUUGCACACAUUCACAACUUCGAUGCGCUCUGAACACACACGUACGUAAAA